AUGGGUAUUGUACCCAGCAAGUCGCGGAAUGUGCUUUAUUCAACUACGUGGGAUAAUUAUUGUGUCAAAGAAAUUGAUUUGACAACUAAAAUUGUGACUACUAUUGCUGGAUUAUGCGGAACAAAUCAAUAUGUUGAUUCUACUGGAACCAAUGCACGAUUUUCCAACAUGAUAGGGGUUGAUUUGACCAAGAAUGAGCAGUACUUAUAUGUUGCCGACGUGGGAAAUAAUAAGCUGCGUCGAAUUGAUACUGCAACGUUUCCUAUUACGGCGGUUGCUUGGAUCGGUGAUGGUACAGCUGGAAAUGUACAAGGAUAUGGAACAAAAGCUCGAAUAAAUACACCUUAUGGUGUUAAAGUCAGCCCUUGUGGAAAUUAUGUUAUUGUUUCCGACACUGGAAACAACAUGAUCCGCAAGGUCGACAUAGAGAGCGGGUAUACGAACACGCUGGCGGGACAGUCGCUUGCUGGCACUGCGAACGGUGUCGGCACGCUUGCGCAGUUCAACAUGCCGGUGGAUGUGACGGUGGAUUGGAACGAAACGGUGGCUUACGUUUCUGAUCAGGGGAACAACUGCAUCCGCAAGAUCGACCUGUUGACGGCGGCGUUGGACUGGACUUCGGCUACACCUUCGCUGGUUGUCGUUGCGGGCAGCGGCGUUGCUGGCCUUACGGACGCUGUCGGGCUUAGCGCGCAGUUCUACAACCCAACGGGGGUUGCGGUGGAUUGGUAUGGCGCGUCGCUUCUGGUUGCCGACAGCAUGGAUUCGACCAUCCGCAGGAUCGACCUGAUGACGUCUGAAGUUACGACGCUGGCUGGCAACGGAAAUGCGGGGUUCAUUGACAAUCUUUAUGCCAACGACGCGGAAUUUACCGUGCCCUUCGGCGUUGCGCUUUCCAGGGAUGGCAAGUAUGUCUUCGUUUCGGACCAGAACAGGAAUAAUAUCAGAAAGAUG